AUGAACAACUUCUCAAAUGAAUCAUUCUUGCUGACAAUUCAAGGCUUCGACAUCCCCUCUGAGAGCAUCCUCCCUGCAUUCCUCUUUGCUACACUUAACUACAUGAUCAUUCUCUUCUGUAACCUCAUCCUCCUGAUCACUAUCAUUGUAAAUAAGAGUCUUCAUCAGCCCAUGUACAUUCUGCUGUUAAACCUGCCUAUAAAUGAUCUUAUGGGCUCUACAGCCCUUUAUCCACAACUCAUCAAAGAACUCUUGUGGGAUACCAGGACCAUACAGUUUUCAGCCUGUGUUACCCAAGCUUUCUUUAUACAUAUGUACAUAGUAGGUGCGGUGUUCAUUUUGACUGCUAUGGCGUAUGACAGAUAUGUGGCUAUAUGCCGACCAAUGAGAUACAACACAAUUAUGAGCAACACACACAUAAUGAAAAUCAUCUCCUUGGUCUGGCUCUCAAACAUACUUAUGAUAGCUGUGCUUUUUAUCCUGCUGCUCCGCUUGCCACGGUGUCGAUCUCUCCUGACCCAUACAUACUGUGACAACCCCUCUCUGCUCCAGCUUGUCUGUGGGAACACAGCUAUUAAUAAUAUUUAUGGACUGACAACUGUAGCUUUCUCUCAGGUAGUAACUGUAGGCACAUUUGUUUUUACAUACUUGCAGAUUCUCAUAGCCUGUUUCCGUAACAAAAGCUCAGACACACGUAGCAAGGCCCUGCAGACAUGUGCCACACACUUAAUAGUUUUCAUCAUUUUUGAAUGUUUAGGCCUAUUCACUAUUAUUUCUUACAGGCUUACAGAUAUUCCCACACAUAUAAGACAAUUUAGUGGUGUGGCUGCCAUGAUUUUGCCUCCAACAUUGAAUCCUAUCAUCUAUGGUUUACGGACAAAAGAAAUUAGAAUGAACACUUUAAAGCUCCUUAAGCAAACGGUCUAUCCCUCAUAA